CGGCACUAGCUUAGGGCUGUAGACAGUUUGCUUUGUUUGACUUUGAGAAUAGAGUUCUUGUCAAUGAGAAGAGCAUAAAUUGCAAAACCAACCCCAGAGCUUCAUGAUAUUAAUACACAGUUUGCCAUGUCCAACCUUAAAGCCCAGCUCUAUGGAUGGCUCUUCUCUUCUAUCGCAGUGCUUCCCAAGACCUGCACUGCAGCCCAGUCAGCACUUUCUCUUACAAAAGCUGCACGUCCAGCGGAGUGGAUGGGAUCCGAAAGCCUGGUGGUGAAAAAUCACGUGCUGAGCCACAGCCGUUUCCCGAGCGUUUUUGCUUUUUAUAUUAGCGACAGAAGGGCAAAAGGCGUGUGGACGCACUUUGCAGCUCCAGAACAAUACGGCCUGGAGAGGUGAGGGAAGGGCAUUGCGUCGACUGUUGUUGGGACUGUGUAAACCUUGCUUCUUGCUUUUCUGGGUCUUGCUCCUUUGCCUUGUGUGUAAUCAAAAUAAAGGCCAAUUGGUGUAUUACU